AGAUUUUUGUGUGUGCAUGUGUGUUUUGUUCCUAUCCAAGAUUACAUAAAAAAAACUAGACGUGGCACUGGGGGACCUUCCUUGAAUCUUUUUCCCCCAGUUAUGCAUGGAAUAUUUAUCCUAUAUAACUGUAUGCCAUUGUUGCUCUUUUCCUAUUAUAAACCAAAAGCUUCAACUAUUUUCCUUUUUCACUUUCUUUCUUCUUAUUCUAUACAAUGGAACGCCAAGCUGCCUAUUUGAGGAAUGCUUUGUUUGAUCAGGGAUAUCUUGAUGAACAGUUCCUUCAACUGGAAGAUUUGCAAGAUCAAGCCAACCCUCAUUUUGUUGAAGAAGUGGUCAAGCUAUUCUACACUGACUCGGUCCGAUUAAUACAAAGCAUUGAACUGACACUAAAAAACACCCCUCGGGACUUCGAGAAACUGGAUAAGAUCAUGCAUCAGUUCAAGGGUAGCACCACUAGUAUUGGCGCCAAAAAGGUCAAGAAGGAAUGCACACAAUUUCAAGAAUACUGCAAUGUUGGCAACGUUGAAGGGUGCAUUAGGGAAUUCCAAGAGGUAAAACAAGAGCAUGCAGCCCUCAAGAGGAAGCUUGAGAAUUAUUUUCAGCUUGCAAGAGAAGCUCGUUAAGUCACUUACAUAACGAUUAUAGUGAUGCCAAAUAGCUAUAAUGUAACCUUUUUAUAGAAAAAAAUAAACUUCGAAAUGUAUGUAAACAAGUGAUCAGUUCAACUUAAUGUCAUUUGCUGAUUUAUUUCA